GUGUCCUCUGCUGGUAGAGCUGACAGACAGCCUUUGGUCAAGUGAUCUCCUCUUGAAACCACCUUCUCUCUCUCUGUGAAUAACUCUGUGUUUCAUUUCAGACGCUAAUCAGAUUAAGAGGCUGGGAAGGAGAUUUAAGAAACUCGACCUGGAUGACUCCGGAUCCCUGAGCAUGGAGGAGUUCAUGUCCCUGCCAGAGCUCCAGCAGAACCCCCUCGUGCAGCGAGUCAUCGACAUAUUCGACACUGACGAAAACGGGGAAGUCGACUUCAGAGAGUUCAUUGAAGGAGUCUUUCAGUUCAGCGUGAAAGGAAACAAGGAGCAGAGGCUGCGUUUUGCCUUCAGGAUCUACGACAUGGACAAAGACGGUUACAUCUCCAAUGGAGAACUCUUCCAGGUCCUAAAGACGAUGGUGGGACGCAACCUGAAAGACACACAGCUGCAGCAGAUUGUCGACAAAACUAUCAUCGGCGCCGACAAAGACGGAGACGGCAGAAUCUCCUUCGAGGAGUUCUGUGCGGUGGUGGGAGGAUUGGACAUUCACAAAACGAUGGUUGUGGACAUCUGACGGCCUCUCGUUUAUUCUUCGUCCAUUCACAGGAGAAGUCAUUCAGCUGUUCCUCCCUCUCCAUUAGCUCGACUGUUUGUUUUAACCAUCCUUCGUAUUUAUUUCAGUGAGCUGACUUUUCUGCCACUGAUGGUUCAACAGAGUGAAGUGCCAACAGCUCACAGACAAGUGAACUCAGGCGAGAAGUUUCUCAGUCUCAGAGGAGGAACUGGACCAUUGAACACUUUAUCCCGCUUUACCCGUGAACGAUGGCCCAGUUUGACAGUCACAUGUGCACUGAUGAUCUCCUGAAGAAACAUCGUGGGGGGUCCUUGCAUCUCUUCUUCUUCCUCUCCAGAACAGUCAAAUCAGAUUUUAGAACUUCUGAUUUUUCUGACACAAAAAUAUAAAAAGUUGAAUUUAAUUGUUCAUUUUUCAAACUGCUUAAAUGAGUAACUGCUAUGAUUAUUACAGCCUUCCUUUCUCAACGAGCUCGUGUGAGGGUGUGUAUAAGUUUUUUCUCAAACAUCUCGCCUGUAAGUCUUUAUUAGGGCCGACCACUAAAAGUGUGAGCUCGGUUUAUGAUUAUGAAUUUGCUUUCUGAUGUUCUUCAUGUGCUCAAAAACUCACGAGCGUGUCAAAUUGGCUCUAGAGCGCCACCUAUGCAGGGCCUGAUGCAGUACUGUGGGCACAUAGUUUGAGCUACAUGAACGAAACGUUUGUAGACAUGUGUAACUUACCAAGACGAACAAAGAAGUUCAGGGCCCAUUGACGCUAACCCAGCAGGAAGUCCGCCAUUUUGGACUGAAAAAGUCAAUUGUCCUAUUUCCAGGCGUUGUACUUCUGCAAACUCCUCCCAAGGAUUUGAUCGGACCAACUUCAUAUUGGGUCGGUUUGAACUACAAACCUGAGUCAGAGUAAAUCGCAAAGCUUUUGAGUUUUCGUCAAAGGGCGUGUCCGUGGCACCACGGUGAAUUUUGGUCAUUCAUGAAAUUUUAAUUUCCUCUCAUUGUCCAAUCUGGACCAAACUUCUCACGUGUGAUGAGACUCCGCCUCUGAACACAUUUCAACUGCAAUAUUUGACACUGGUCACAGCGCCACCGAGCAGGAGCAGGAAAUGUCAUGUUUUACAUUAUGAGGUACAGCUUCAGGGGGGUUGGCCCCAGCAAACUCAAAUUUGUCAAAGAUUGCCAAGUUGAUUCUGUUCAUCUGGAUGUUUUCAGUGGAAGAAACGUUUCGUCAUCAUCCAGGUGAUUUCUGCAGUCUCAGCCGACUGCAGGUUUCCCCAAUAAUAUUAACAGGACAUUUGAAACUA